CAUAACAUUUUUACAAGAGAGACAAAUAGAAAAAGACAGAAGAAAAAAAAAGGAGAUCAGUUUUGUUGGAAGAGGCUACUGAGUACUGAAUACUAACAAUUAGCGAGAGAAUCUGAGGAAAAUGGGAGGGGGAGAUGAUGUGGGUUCGCCAGUCGUAGUCGGUGCUCUGAUUCUGGAUGUUCACGCAAAGCCUUCUUCAACCGCACCAAUCUCCGGAACCACCGUCCCAGGCCAGGUGUUGUUUACACCUGGUGGUGUAGCGAGAAAUGUAGCUGAAUGCAUCUACAAGCUUGGAAUAAGACCCUUCAUGAUUGGUGCUUUGGGGAUCGGUGGCCCAGCCAAUGUAUUAUUGAAAGACUGGAAACUCUCUACUGAAGGAAUCUUGAGACGUGAAGACAUCACUACUCCCAUUGUAUCUCUUGUAUAUGACAUUCACGGAGAAGUUUCUGCUGGCGUUGCCCGUGUGGAUGCUGUUGAGAAGUUUCUGACACCUGAGUGGAUCCAGCGGUUUGAACCAAACAUAAGCUCCGCUCCUGUCCUUGUGAUUGAUGCAAAUCUUAGCACUCUUGCUUUGGAAGCAUCUUGCAAAUUGGCUGCAGAGUUCAAUGUUCCUGUAUGGUUUGAGCCCGUCUCAGUCACAAAGUCCCGGAGAAUCGCCUCAAUCGCCAUGUAUGUAACUGUAGUAUCACCAAACCAACACGAGCUCAUAGCGAUGGCCAACACUCUCUGCGCAAGGAACAUGUUCAAAACCCUUAAACCAGAAGACAACAAGCUUUUACCAGAAGAUGUAUUCUGUGCGUUGAGGCCAGCUAUUUUGGUUCUUCUUGAAAGUGGUAUUAAAGUUGUUAUUGUAACCCUUGGCUCCAAUGGAGCUCUCUUGUGCUCAAAGGGCAACCCGAAUAAGGCUCUCAACAUAAACCGGAAGUUUAGUGGAGAGAUUUUCAGAAGGGUACAACUUAUAUGUUCGCCGAACCGGUUUUCUGAACCGGGAUUGAGUCACGGCUCGAGUCUUUUUGCAAUGCAUUUCCCAACCGUCCCAGCCAAAGUCAAGAAGCUUACUGGUGCAGGGGAUUGCCUAGUAGGCGGUACGGUUGCGUCGCUGAGCGAUGGUUUAGAUCUGUUCCAGAGUUUAGCGGUUGGCAUUGCUUCUGCUAAAGCUGCGGUUGAGUCAGGUGAUAAUGUGCCUCCUGAGUUCAACCUCGAUCUUCUUACUGAUGAUGCGGAGUUGGUUUACAGUGGCGCCAGGAUGUUGUUGGCUCAUCAGUCAAUGCUGUGAAGAAUGAUCUUGUUUGUUCUUUAUUUGGCUUGGUUUUUGUUUAUUGUUUGUGUACUAUUCCAUCAAUAAGUGAACUGUCAAAUAGAUAAACUUAGACCAUUUGUUUA